AGACUUUCUUAUCUUCUCAGGAAAAAGAGUAGAUGAUGUCAAAACUUUAGAAAUUAGUUUACAAAUUGCAAGUUAGAGAUCAUGGCUGGAUCAGCACUAAAACGGCUUAUGGCAGAAUAUAAACAGCUUACACUUAAUCCACCAGAGGGAAUUAUUGCUGGUCCUUUAGAUGAAGAAAAUUUCUUUGAAUGGGAAGCAUAUAUUAUGGGCCCAGAGGGUACUUGUUUUGAGGGUGGUGUGUUUCCUUCAAGACUUACAUUUCCACCUGAUUAUCCAUUGAGUCCCCCAAAGAUGAAAUUUACCUGUGAUUUGUUUCAUCCAAACAUAUACCCAGAUGGAAGAGUAUGCAUCUCAAUCCUACAUGCCCCUGGAGAUGAUCCUAUGGGAUAUGAAACCAGUGCUGAGAGAUGGAGUCCUGUUCAAAGUGUCGAGAAAAUUCUGCUGUCUGUUGUUAGUAUGCUCGCAGAACCCAAUGAUGAAAGUGCAGCCAAUGUUGAUGCAGCCAAGACAUGGCGGGAAAACAGAGAUAAAUUCACAGAAAUAGCCCACAGGACAGUUAGACAAUCACUCGGGUUGUAGUUACAUGUAUCUUAUCAGUUUUAGGUGCUAUAUGUGUUCGAAUACACAUCAGAUUUUUUUUUAAUACAUGGAAAGUUCAUUUCAUUUAUGGAAAAAGAGGUCAUCUCUAAUUUAUAAUUGUUUAUAAGACCACUAUUCCAUAUUUUACAUGAAA